AUGGCGACCACAGUGGACAAGAUCAGGGAAAUUGAGGCCGAAAUGGCCAAAACCCAAAAGAACAAAGCCACCUCGUUUCAUUUAGGACAAUUGAAAGCUAAGCUUGCGAAGCUAAAGCGAGAACUGCUUACUCCCUCGGGUGGAGGCGGUGGUGGAGGAUCUGGUUUCGAUGUUGCGCGUACCGGUGUUGCCAGUGUUGGCUUUAUUGGAUUCCCAUCCGUGGGUAAAAGUACUCUGAUGAGCAAGCUGACGGGCCAACAUUCCGAAGCCGCCGCAUAUGAAUUCACAACCCUUACCACUGUCCCCGGUCAGGUCCAAUAUAACGGCGCAAAGAUCCAGAUGCUUGAUCUUCCUGGAAUCAUUCAGGGUGCCAAGGACGGCAAAGGUCGAGGAAGACAAGUCAUUGCCGUUGCGAAGACGUGUCAUCUUAUCUUUAUCGUUCUGGACGUUAACAAGCCGUUGACGGAUAAGAAGGUUAUCGAGAGUGAACUGGAAGGGUUUGGGAUACGAAUUAAUAAGGAGCCUCCGAAUAUUGUCUUUAAAAAGAAGGAUAAGGGUGGACUUGCCAUCACAAACACGGUGCCUUUGACUCAUAUUGACCAUGGUGAAAUCAAAGCCGUCAUGAACGAAUACAAAAUCUCCUCAGCGGAUAUAGCUAUCCGAUGUGACGCUACAGUCGACGAUCUAAUUGACGUUCUCGAAGCCCGCAGUCGUUCCUAUAUACCUGUGAUCUACGCCUUGAACAAAAUCGACUCGAUCUCAAUAGAGGAGCUGGAUCUACUAUACCGUAUCCCCAACGCCUGCCCUAUCAGUUCAGAGCGAGGAUGGAAUAUAGAUGAGCUCUUGGAACUUAUGUGGGAGAAGCUCAACCUGAGGAGAGUUUAUACAAAGCCCAAGGGCAAGAAUCCAGAUUAUAAUGAGCCAGUGGUUUUGAGGAGUACUGCUUGCACUGUUGAAGAUUUCUUUACGGCCGAUCCGUCAAACAUCAACCUCAACGAGUUGGGUUAA